AUGCCCACGCCGACCAUCUCGCCGCCGAACUUGGGCCCGCCGGCGUACAUCUCCUCGUUCGGGUUCUUCCCGCGGCCGUCGUUCUCCGCGCGCGCGCGGAGAGAGAGUCCGCGCGCGCGAGGGACGCUGCGGUUCAAGGACGCGCACACGGGCGUGGACGUCCUCCUCGUCGGAACGAUGCACUACAACCCGGCGUCGAUCGAGCUCGCGGCCGCGUCCGUCCGCGACCUGUCAUCCGCGAACGCACUCCGCGCGAUCGUCCUGGAGACGUGCCCGACGCGAUGGGCGAAGACGCGAAGGAUGCAGCCGCGCGGCUCGUUCCUGCGCAUGCUCCUGGACAACGAGUUCCAGGCCGCGGUCGAGGCGCGCGACGGCGGCGAUCGCGACGUCGUCCAUUCGAUCCCGAUCGUGCUGGGCGAUCAGAAGAUCGAGGACCUCGGCGCCAGCGCGAAGGCGACGCUGCGCGCGACGUGGGAAGACUUCUCCUCGCCCUUCGACGGCGGAUGGGCGCGGCUGUGGCGCGACUUCGCGGCCGCGUACGCGCGCGAGGUGGACAGCGGCCCGGAGGACGCGGGGUUAUCGCUGAGAGAUCUCGCGACGGACGCGCCGCUCGCGCUCGGGUUGCCGGUGUCGUUCUUCCGGUACCCGCUGGCGUGGAGCGUGAAGUCGCCGAAGGUCAUCGUGCCGUUCGCGGCGUUCGCGUACACGCUGAGCGAGCUUCCGAACUGGUUGUCAGCGGUGCCGCGCGGAGUGGCGCUGGGUGCGAGCGCGCUCGGGGGCGUCGGCGUUCAGAAUCUGCCGUCGGCGGAGGAGUCCGCGGUGUCGAUUCUCUUCUUGGUCUUGGACGUCUUGGAGGUCGUGUUCCUGAGCAGUCUGUUCCUGAAGGCGCUCCUGGCGACGAGGAACGACGUGCUGUCGCGGAGCAUUCGCGAGACGUGCGUCGACGCGGCGAACGCGCGGCUGGCGGCUGGGAGCGGCGACACAGCUGGCGCUGGCGUCGGAACGGUGGUCGCCGUCCUCGGCGCCGCGCACCUGAACGGCGUCCAGCGCAGGCUGAUGGAGGACGCGAGCGAUGGACGCGCGUCGGGGGCGUGCUGGACGGAGCGCGGGGACGAAUACGAGAGGGCCCCGGUCGUCGCGGAGUGA